GCAUGGCCCUGCGAGUGUGUGUUCAGUCACUGGUCUUCUCAAACCGAGUCCGACUCUGGGGAAAAUCUCUGAGUCCCAGAAGCAUCAUCAGACCUUUCAGCCGACUUCAUGAGCUCCUGAGCAACAGUUCUCCUGGCUCGAAGGUGCUCCUACACUUUGUUUAUCAGAGUGGAACAAAGACGAGUGUGAUGGCGACAGAAGGAGAAUCUCUGCUCGACGUCGUCAUCAACAAAAACCUCCAAAUCGACGGCUUUGGUGCGUGUGAGGGGACAUUAGCUUGUUCCACGUGUCACCUGCUGUUUGACGACUCUGUGUACGAGCGUUUGGAGCCGAUGUCUGAUGAGGAGAUGGACAUGCUGGACCUCGCCUACGGACUCACCAAGACGUCUCGUCUCGGCUGUCAGGUGAUCGUGGCAUCCUGGAUGAACGGCAUGACGGUGCGUGUGCCUCAAGGUGUCAAAGAUCAAAGGGUGACACAGGAGGCAAAGAAUAAACAAUGACACACACACACACACACACAGUGUAUUCUUUUUCUUUUUAUUUCUGAGUUUGGAAUUAAAAUGAAAGAGACAAACAUAAAUUACACGCUGUCUACAUUAAUAAACAUCUCUCUCUCACACACACACACACACACACACACACACACACACACACACACACACUCAGGCAGGGUCUCUAGAUGAGUAGUGACUCCUCUCUUGGGGUAUUUGACAAACUGACACCCAGUCAGACGAGUGUCACACACAGUCUGUCAAAUACUCGAAGAGAAGAGUCUACAGCGCCGAGGGAGAGUGAGGGAUCUGUAAACAACAACAACAACAACAUGUUAAAUACCACAUCUCUCUCUCUCACUCACACACACACACACUAACACAA